AUGCAGGAACCUAAGCAUUCGCUCGCUCUACAACGGAAAUACUGCCCACCAAUAGAUGAUGCUCUCUUUGCUGCCAUAGCUUCUGACUAUGACUUGUCACAGCCAGACAGUGAAGCUGAACUUCGUGCAUGCUUGGAAACCCUGAAAGAGUCAGCGAUUGAACAAGAGAAUCUUCCGUUUGAUCCUUCUGGAACAGCAAAUAACUCUGGUGAUUUUUCCGAAGAAUGGGGCAUUAAUUCUGAUCAUGGCACUUCCAUGCAUGACCGUUCAACCCUAAGAACUGCAACUGAAAGCACUAGCAUUUCGGAUGACAGUCAGACCAGGCCCAGUUCUGGUCCUCCUAAGUCUCGCGCUGCAUACACAGUAGCAGCUGAUGGAUCUCUUAAGCUGUCGGGUGCGAGUAGUGAUGAUAAAGUGGCUAGUCUUUCGGAGAUGUUUCCCACCCUGAGCACGCUGCGUAUCACCCACACCCUGAAGAAAACGGAUCAAGAUCUGGAUAAGGCCAUGGAUGAACUGCUGAAUCAUUCAUUUUUUGGCGAGACCCAAUUAGAUGAUGAGUCCCAGAUCUUAGUUCCAAAGGGAAUUGAAGGUUUCAACACCGAUUGGACUAAUGUCGGUCAAAAAAGUGGACGCAAGCAGAAGAAGCAAAGGCAGAAGCAGAAGCAAAAGGCAUAUUCUGCCCCAACUUCACCUGCAGACGGCCCACCCAUCAAUAAAUGGGAAGCUGCGAAGGAAGACAUUGAUUUCAUUUGCUCCAGAGCAAUUGGCCUCUCUGUAGAGAAGGUCAAGUCGGCGUACCAUGCAAAUGGCGCGUCAGUACCACUCACGAUCCGAGCCUUGGCCUUUGCAGCAGCCCCUAAAGACAGUCGUGAGAUUGAUGAAGAUGCUGUCAUGUUGAGCCAAGUCGCUGAACUGGCACAUGAGCAUCUUACCAUCCCAAAGACUGCCUUAAUAGGGCUUCUUAGGAUUACCCGUAGUAUGAUUUCUGCAACCAACGAGUUGGCUGCAGUUAUGGUCCAACAACCAGAAUCCCCGGCCCACGAGGUAAUCAAAUUCAAGGCUGAGCCUUUGAAUCUGGAGGAUGAGGAUGAGAACAUUCCCUACUCCCGGGGCUAUAGUGAAGGAGGAUCAUACAGCGCAUUGGGUUAUGAGCAAGCUCGAGCUGCAGCAAAUGAGCACUUUGCUGCGGGAUCCGCCGCCUAUCGACAAGCAGUAGAAGCAAGUCGUCGUGCCAGGUCUCAUCAUUUGUAUGCUGGGGCGGCUGCAGUCUACCGUGAGCGAGGGCAAGAACACCGGGAACUCGGUAUGCAGCGACUGGCAACAGCCUCGGACAGACUUGUCGAUCGUCAAUCAAGUGGUUGCCAGCUUGAUUUGCAUGGUGUUACGGUGCUUAAUGCCAUCAGAAUUACCCGUGAACGAGUCGAGGCCUGGUGGGACGGUUUGGGAGAUACCAAAUACGUCCGUGGUGGCGGAAAGCAUGCUCAUGAUGGCUUCAAGAUUGUUACUGGUGUUGGAAACCAUAGCCACGAUGGCACCGCUCGCUUGGGGCCUGCAGUUAGCAAGAUGCUCCUGAAGGAGGGCUGGAGUGUGGAGAUCGAGCGUGGUUUCCUGAUCGUCACGGGUAAAUCUCGAGGCGCAGCGCAGCGCAGAUAA